ACAAUUAUAUAUACAUACACACAUACACACUCCCACACACACACUCACCUGCUCUCACACUGUUACCUGUGCACAAACAACGCGCCCGUUGCCAUGGCGAGCGGGCGUUGAGUGUUGGACGCGGAAUCGAGGAGACUUGGGGCCAGAUUCUGCCCUGUGUGUUGGAGAUGGCGUGGCGCUGUGAGAGAUGUGGGAUGGGAUUCCGCUCCCAGCAGCUGAAGAACAAACACAGGGAUAGGUUCUGCAUUGGAGACGUGCACGGGGAGAGGAGCAACACUCCCUCUCACCUGGCGUCGCAGCUGAUGUCGUUUAAGAAACGUCGCGAGGAGAUGAGGACGCGGCGAGAUAUGGAGGAGAAGCUUCUCCUGGAGAGAGAGAGAGGCAUCCUGAGACGGGAGGGCAGUGGGGACGAUGAUGGAGACGAACAAGCCCUUGGCCACCUCGCGCAAGAGUUUCACAAACUGCGUGCGUCCAUUGAGGCGAACAUUGCCACCAACCGCUCCUGGAGAGGCAAUGAAGAAGACAUCAAUACCAAAAAUAUGCAGCUGAGGGCUUUGGCAGAGGCUCAUGGGAGGCAGCUCGCCGAAAUCCAGGCCCGGAAUUCCGAGCUGGAGCAUCAGAGAGAAGACAUACGCAGGAAAAUGGAGGAGCUGACGUCACGAAAACAAGGCGGAGGUGGAGGAGGAGAGGGUGUGGCAGAAGAUAACUCCGUGUCGAGACUCAUCCGGGAACUGCGCGAGCAGGAGCAGCGUAACCAGGCCUCGCUGGGCCUCCUCACUCAACAGCUGCAGCAGCUGCAAGGCAAAGCCUCGUCUAAUCCUGCAGAAGGAACGACUGAACCUCAGUCCAAUCAAAACAUGGCCCCGUUUAUUCCUUACCUAGGAGGCGGAAGCCUUUCUGCAGAGAUCAGUGCUGUGCGUAUGCAUUACCUGCACAGCGGGGGUCGGGACCCGGUGCUCCUUGGCCACAUGCAGGCUCUGCAGGCAGAGGCGGAGGCACUGGAGAAGCCUCGGCCUGCACGGGCACCAAGGCAGGAGAAGCCUCGACACAAGGGGCACAAGCGUGGAGAGGCCCUCAGACGAAGCCUGGACGCUGAACUUUUGGCCGUGGAGUUGGAGAACCAGCGCCUGGAGGAUGAGAUUUUCCGCCUCAAGAUCCGGGGAGACAGGAAGAGACACGGAAGCGAUGAUGAGCUGAGCAAGGAGCUCCAGCUGCUGCAGCGGGAGCACAUGAUGAAGAUGGCGGAGCUGGAGGCCGAGAUGGAUCUGCUGAGACAGCAGAUGCAGCAGUCGGGUGGAGGCGCUCGGAAUCAGUCGCUGAUGCAACAGCAGCAGCCGCAGCCACCGCUAACUCCACCACUUCCACAUGAUGGGAUCAGAGCUCAAACUCCGACCCUCGCUCGCCAUUUCCUCGACCCCGCUGAGGCCAUGGGACCAUCGCCAUACGACCCCUCCUCUGGCUUCAUCGUCUUCUACGACUUCAUCUCGGGUCUGGACCCCGGCUCACGUUCGGCUCGCCUGGUGGUCGGACUCUACCACCAGGGCCAGGAGAUGGGGGUGCCAUCACCGCUGCCCCCCGUCGCAUGCCACUUGGGCUGGCCCGGCCCCAGCGCCGGCCUCACCGCCACCCUUGCCACCAGACAACCCGUGCACAGAUUGGCCCCGUCCACGUACACUCAGCUGCUGCUUGAGCUGCAGGUGGCCUCGGCCGGGGGGCAGCAGCCAUGGGGAGCUGGCACGGGGGGGGCCGCCGGGUCGAGGUUGGUGUCGCGGGGAUGGGCGCCCGUGCACCUCUUUGACCGGCACAACCGCCUGAUGAGCGGCCGCUGGAGGGUGCCGCUCCGGCUCACUCCCGUGAGGCCGGGCCUCACUCCGGGGCAGGUCAAUGCCGUGCCGCAGCUGGGCAGGGCAGAGGUUUUCCUGAGACUCGUGAAUGCGCGCGAUGCUGAGCUGCAGUCUCUGGCACCGGUGGACCCCAGCAACGCUCAAUCCUACCACUACCAGCCCCUGGAGGAGCCUGGGGUCCGCUCGGCGGCCGAGGCCCCGAAGAAGCCGUGGGGGUCCGAGGGGACUCAGCACUUCACGUUCCACCCACACCCCCUCCUGCACACAGACCCCCCUCCCCCACGCGACCUUGGGGAGCAGAGGAAUCUGUCAUCACUGUGAGGGCAGUGGUGGUGGAGCCGUGCUAGGGGUAGAGGCGGGGCUGUGGUAGUGGUAGAGGUGGGGCUGUGUUAGU